AUGUCAGGACUUGAUGUCGAGGCUUUGCUUGACUCCACCGCCAACAACGAUGUGAAGGACUCUCCCAAAGAUCGGGAGGAUCGACAUCGCAGCGAUCGGUCAGAACGUCGUGACAAAGACAAGCACCGUGAUGGAUCCCGCGAUCGUGACCGAGAUCGCAAGAGAAGAGACCGCAGCCGCGAACACCGCAGAGAUCGAGACAAUGACUUAAACAGUCCCCGCAGCGACCAUGGAAGCGCUAAUGGAAGCCAUAGGAGCAGCAGACGACGCAGUCGUAGCCGUGACGAUGACAGAAGACGCUCCAAGAGAGACGACGACUCAUACCGUAAGCGGUCUCGUUCACCCGAAUACGAUCGAUAUUAUCGACCCAGUGGACGAUCCAAGCGUGACGAUGAUGAGCGACGGGAUCGUGAUCGAGACCCCAAGGAUCGACGUCGUUCGGGAAGUCCACGUCCUAGUACCAAGGGCAAGACACCUGAACCACAGCUUACUGAGGAUGAGCGUGAUAGGAGAACUGUUUUCGUUCAACAACUCGCCGCUCGUCUGCGAACCAAAGAAUUGAUUGCAUUUUUUGAGAAGGUUGGUCCUGUCAAAGAGGCACAAAUCGUUAAGGAUCGUGUGAGUGGUCGAUCAAAAGGUGUCGGUUAUGUCGAAUUCAAAAAAGAAGAUUCUGUACCUCUUGCUAUCCAGAUGACAGGACAAAAACUGCUCGGUAUCCCAAUCAUUGCCCAGCUUACCGAAGCAGAAAAGAAUCGUCAAGCUCGCAACCCUGAGGCCACCAGUGGAAACCACAACUCCAUUCCCUUCCAUCGUCUCUAUGUGGGAAAUAUUCAUUUUAGCAUCACUGAAUCAGACUUGACCAACGUUUUCGAGCCAUUCGGUGCAUUGGAAUUCGUUCAACUCCAGAAAGAAGAGGGUGGUCGCAGCCGUGGAUAUGGUUUUGUUCAGUUCCAGGAUGCUGGUCAAGCUCGUGAGGCUCUUGAAAAAAUGAAUGGUUUUGACCUCGCAGGACGUCCAAUUCGAGUCGGUCUCGGAAAUGACAAGUUCACACCAGAAUCCACUGCCAAUCUUCUCCAACGAUUCCAAGGGCAAAAUGGCCCACCUGGAAAUUAUCAAGGAUCUGCUUUCUCAGGUUCCGGUGGUCGAGGCUCCCAUGCAGGUGGUGCAGCAGGCACCUUUGACCGAGCUGGUGGCCGCGACAACGACAAGGGUCAAGGUGGCGCAAGUGCUCUUGAUGACACUGAUGUUGCUGGUGUGAACUUCAGCAACUAUAGCCGAGAUGCAUUGAUGCGCAAAUUAGCUAGAACCGAUGAACCUGUCGAUGCAGGCCCGAAACGAGCGGCAGCUCCAAAGAAAGAAACCAAGCCACUGCCUGUUAAUGUUAGUCAGGCUAGCAGAUGCGUUCUGCUCCGGAACAUGUUUGAUCCCACAGAGGAAGAAGGCGACGCUUGGGUCAAGGAACUCGAAGACGAUGUCCGUGCUGAAUGCGAAGAGAAAUACGGGCAUGUCGUGCACAUCUCACUUGACCCCAAUACUCAAGGCGACAUCUAUCUCAAAUUUGAGCGUGUUUCUGGUGGUGAGAAUGCUAUCAAGGGGCUGAAUGGACGCUACUUUGGCGGUAGGCAAAUCUCUGCACAGCCAGUUGUUGACGCCGUCUACAGCAGCUUGUUUUCCAGAACCAAAGCCCUCUAG